AUGUGGAGGAGACUCCUUGUGCGUCUGGAGGGCGAUUGGGGGCUCUCCCGGGGGCGUCAGAGUGACGACGAUAAACACGGCGGUGGAGGCAGCGGUGACGAGGUGACCGGUGUCCAGGGGGAGGAGACGUCCGCCGGCCCGGGCCUGAUCCACACAAACUCACUGCUCUUCAUGAUAUACACAUAUACCUUCCUAAUUGAGCCUCAUCUGAAGAAACCCAUAGACUGGAUUUUCAUGCACCUGACAGUGGUCAAUAUGUCAACCAUUAUGAUCCGGUCAAUUCCAGAACUCAUGUCAUCUUUUGGAAUCAAAGAUUUCUUUGAUGAUAUUGGUUGUCAAACAUUUCUGUAUGUAUCCAGAGUGAUUCGAGGUCUUUCCAUAUGUACUACCUUUCUCCUGAGUGUAUUUCAGGCCAUCACUGUCAGUCCCAGUCAUUCUAAAUGGGCAUGGCUGAAACCUAAACUCUCCAAGUGGAUUUUCCCCUCUUUACUCUUUUUUUGGGUCAUCAACAUGCUGAUCUACACCCUCAUCAUUAGAACUGUAAAAGCCAGAUUGAAUUUCACUGUGGUUGGUCUGGGAUAUGUUAAUGUAUAUUGUCAAACCCGGAAGCCUGUAGCCCAUGAAUCAAGGUCAUUUAUAAGUAUGAUAGUGAUUCAUGAUGUAGUGUUCCUGGCACUGAUGAUCUGGUCCAGCCUCUACAUGGUGUGGAUCCUCUACAGACACCGCAGGAGGGCCCAGCGCAUUCACAACUUCAGCCUCUCUUCCAAGACAUCUCCAGAAAACAAAGCCACCCACACAAUCCUUUGGAUGGUGUUUUGCUUUGUGUUCUUUUAUUUGUCAAACAACUGUUUGACACUUUAUGGAUUUUAUGCAUCUGAGAAAAACGCAAGAUUGGAGGGUAUUGGUGGAAUUUUAGCAUCAUGCUACCCGACAUUUUGCCCUUUUUUUCUGAUGAAACAUAACAAAAUUAUUGUCAAACUGACUUCCUUCCUUUCAAAUAUGAGAAUGACCUGUUGUCCAUGA